UUCAUUCUGCUGGCACACUCCCUCGCUCUCCCAAAUUCGAAACCCAAAGGUGAUGACAAUUGUGCUUCUCUUUUGGGAAGAUUUGAGUUUGUGAAAUUUUGGAGGACUCUUGAUUUCCAUGGAACAUACUUUUGGUUCCGAUUCUGUUCCUUCUGGUCCUAUGGACAAGUCUAAGGUUCUGACUGUUAAGCCAUUGAGAUGUCUCGUUCCAAUUUUUCCAUCGCAUUCUGAUUCUUCUGCACCACCCCAGUCUUCUCCAUUUGCAUCGGUUCCUCCAACUGGGCCAUUUCCGCCUGGUGCUGCACCGUUCUUCCCCUUUUAUGCCUCAAAUGAGUCUCAAAGGCAAGGCAGUGGACCGGCUCCUGGUAGGUCUUACCCUAUCCCCUCACCAGUUCCUUUAAAUUCUUUUAGGACCCCAGUAACAGCAUCAAGAAAUGGUGAGAUAGGGACAUCAAGAAGGAGUUCUAGGAGUCAUACAAUUGUAGACGAGGAUGGAUAUAGUCAGAGUGAUGGUUAUGACAACAGCUUUGGUAUGGAUGGCAGUGAUGAUGAGAAAAAGCCAAAAACUCGCAGAAAGUCUAGGGGUGCAGCUGGGAUUGCUGUUUCUAAUUCCGAGAUUGACAUUGACUCAUACGUUACUCAUCUAUUGGGAUCUUUUAAUCUCUUGGAAAUUGAUACUUUCCGUCAAGCUGACAGUGACAAGGAGUUGGUCGGACGUGUACUCGUGGUUUAUAAUUUGCUCCGGAGAAAGAUUACACAACUUGAUGAUACAAAGGAGGCUAUGGCAGGGGUAACACGGCGCCCUGACUUGAGGGCAGGUACUAUUUGUAUGAAUAAAGGGGCUCGGGCUAACGUCAAGAAGAGGAUUGGGGCUGUACCUGGUGUAGAUAUUGGUGACAUUUUCUUUUUUCGGUUUGAAUUGUGCUUGGUGGGAUUGCAUGCUCCAAGUAUGGCUGGGAUAGAUUAUAUGGGUGUUAAGUUCUCUGCAGACGAAGAGCCUGUGGCUGUCAGUAUUGUUUCCUCGGGAGGAUAUGAAGAUGAAGGGGAUGAUGGCGACGUGCUGAUAUACAGUGGCCAAGGGGGUGUUCAGAGGAAAGAUAAACCACAGAUGGAUCAAAAACUAGUAAGGGGUAACCUUGCUCUCGAAAAGAGCUUGCACAGGGCUAAUGAGGUACGAGUCAUUCGGGGUCUUCGGGAUUUUGCCAAUCCGACUGGCAAGGUAUAUGUCUAUGAUGGUCUAUACAAGAUACACGAGUCUUGGAUUGAGAAAGGGAAGUCUGGUUGCAAUGUUUUUAAGUACAAAUUGGUUAGAGUUGCAGGACAGCCUGAGGCAUUUACAUUAUGGAAAUCAAUUCAGCUAUGGAAGGAUGGUGCUACUACAAGGGUUGGGGUAAUUCUGCCCGACCUUACUUCUGGGGCUGAAAAUUUACCUGUUUGCCUUGUAAACGACAUCGAUAAUGAAAAGGGGCCUGCUUAUUUUACAUACUCAUCCAGUCUCAAGUAUAGAAAGCCAUUUGCUUCGACCAAAUCUUCUAUAAACUGCAGCUGCUCAACUGGAUGCCAACCUGCCACUAACUGCCCUUGUGUUCAAAGAAAUGGAGGCUAUAUGCCAUAUACCUCACUUGGUGUUCUUCUCAGUCAUAACUCAUUGGUUCAUGAGUGUGGUAAAUCUUGUUUAUGCCCUCCUAACUGCAGGAACCGAGUUUCCCAAGCAGGUCUGAAAAUCCGUCUAGAGGUGUUUAAAACAAGGGAUAAGGGUUGGGGACUUAGGUCUUGGGAUCCCAUUCGUGCAGGAGCUUUUAUAUGUGAAUAUGCAGGUGUAGUUAUUGAUUCUUCAACAGUGGAGGAAAAUGGAAUUGACCCUGAUGACAAUUACAUUUUUGAUGCUACUCGCUCCUUUGAUUCUGUGGAAUCUCUGCCUGUUGAUGAACCUGCAAAAUUUCCAUUUCCUUUAAUUAUCAGUGCCAAAAAUGAGGGAAAUGUGGGCCGUUUUAUGAACCACAGCUGCUCGCCUAACGUGUACUGGCAGCCAGUUGUUCGUGAGAAUCACGAUGAAUCAUAUCUCCAUGUUGGCUUUUAUGCAAUCAAACACAUUCCUCCUAUGCAGGAGUUAACAUAUAACUAUGGAACGGUACGGGCUGACAAAGCUGGCUCGCAGAGGAAAAAGUGUCUGUGUGGAACACCGAGAUGCAAGGGCUCUUUUUACUAGUGGUCUACAAAAACUUUGCGAGGAUGAUGCAUGCUAAAUGGUGCCUCCUGUAAAAGAAACAGAAGAAUCUGUAGUUUGUAGGCGGAAAUGAAUCGGAGUUGUUUUUGGGCAGAAUUGUUAUCAAGGAUUAGGACUUGGUGAAAAGUCAUAUUUAAGUUGUGUUUAAGUAGUAGUACUUGAAAUUGAAAUUGUGUAUGGGGAUUGGGUAUUGUGUAACCCUUGCUUCCUAUGAUUGAUUAUUAGGUGACUAUGUUUUAAUGUACUCUUUAUGAUUUAUGAUGCAUCUACCUAAGAUGAUAUGAUGGUAGUACUUGA